UGAUUUAAAGCUUUAUGUUUUGUUUUGCAGAUUCCGGGAUGAAUGGCGAUUUCUCGAAUGACACCCAAGACAGCUCUACUAGUCAUGACACGACGGACCUCAGACCCGACGAAGACAGCGUCGAUUCAGAGAAAGCUCUCAAUCUCGCAAUGGAUGAAGACGAUGAAGAGGACAACGAUGAGCCUAUCGACGCUACCAUGUCCUCAGCGGCCAGCCGGGCCACUACCAACGGUCAGUCGUUAUCGGUUUCUCGGACCGCUGGACAAACCCCGCACAACAAUUGCCAUCCGAACUCUAGCAGCUCCUUAUCAUCGCAGCAGACGGCCAUCUCUACGACGCUAGCUGCCGCAGCGGCCGCUGGUCAGCUGUCCCAAUUGUUAGCGGGAGCCCAAGGACAGCAGCAAAUGCUCAUGCAAGCAGGUCUUGCGCAACUUCAGCAAAUAGGAAAGUUACCAGUAAAUUCAGGUCUUGCUGGUUUGCAAUUGAGUCCUCAAGACAUUCAGCAACUACAACAACAAAUUCAACAGCACAGUUUGCAGAGUAUGCAGCCUUUUGUAUUUCUGCAACCUGGACAAAUGCCAGCCAACAUGCAGGCACUUCUUCUACAAAAUCAGGUGGGCCUUCUGCAGCAAGGUAUGCUUCAACAAAGUCUUCAGAAUCUACAACUUCAAGCCAGCCAAGCGGCUGUGUCAUUACCUCAGGGAGUGUUGUCUUCUCAGGCAGCAGCAACUGUGGCUGCUGCUGCAGCAGCCCAGCAGCAGUUUCACCAACAGAUGCAGCAGCAGUCGCAACAACAUCAACAAACACAGUCUCAGUCACAACUACGACCUCAAGCGCCUCCACAACCUCCACCACCCCCUUUGCCUCCUUCUUCUCUUCAGCCAUCUCAGCCAGUAAUUAUUACUCAGGCUCAAAUGCCAUCAGCACAGAAGAGUCCGGUCCAUCAGUCAAAACCUCGACCCUCUGAACCAAGUCCUGAAGAGAUGACAGAUUUGGAAGAACUUGAACAAUUUGCUAAAACUUUCAAGCAGCGAAGAAUCAAACUUGGCUUCACUCAAGGAGAUGUGGGUCUGGCAAUGGGUAAACUGUAUGGCAACGAUUUUAGCCAAACAACCAUCUCCAGGUUCGAGGCCCUUAACCUCAGUUUUAAAAACAUGUGUAAGCUAAAGCCAUUGUUGCAGCGGUGGCUGGAGGAUGCGGAUGCCUCCAUGAACAACCCGGCCGCACUAACCAAUGCACAUACGACGCCUGAAUCCAUUGGCCGGAGGCGAAAAAAGCGCACCAGCAUCGAAACGACAGUCAGGCAUGCCUUGGAAAAGGCCUUUCUGCAGAAUCCCAAACCAACCUCAGAGGAGAUCUCUAUGCUGGCCGAGACGCUGACCAUGGAGAAGGAGGUGGUGAGGGUCUGGUUCUGCAACAGGCGGCAGAAGGAGAAGCGGAUCAACCCUCCGACCAGCUGUUCCAUGUCCUGUCCUCCAUCACUGGUGUCUCCCGUCACACCGCCUAGCAUGGCACUAUCCAUGGCUCUGGGUGUUUCGGCAACCGCCGCUACUUCUCUGAGUAUGGGUACGCCGCCACCUCCUCGUUCUCCCGGUAUACCUGUCACCGCCACAGACCUCUCCACCACGUCGAUGUUGGCCACUUCGCCCACCGGCACUGCUCAACAAGCUGCUACCUCAGUUACGACCAACGUAUCAAGAGCCUCCGCCAUCGUCUCGCCGACGCUCAAGAACGAGUAGUCCACCACCGUUCUUCCUACACUGCGACAGUUCCUAUAACAAAGAAAUUCAUAUCACUGUUACUGUUCGUCUGAAACUUCCCCCAUCGGCACUGAAGUGUCGCCGGAUUUAAGUGGAAAAAAAAAAAAAAAAAAGACGCUUUGUUCGAACUGCCGCAAAUGCGGCCGCGAUCUCAAGCGGAAGUAUAUACCUCACUGAAACUUUAAAUAUUUUGAACAUAAUAUGGCUUCAGCCAUCUUUCUAGGGCAGGGAUUACGAUGUACAGUGUUACUACCAACACUCUCUACGUCUGCAGUGUCUCAGGGAACUCACCAUUCUUUCGUAUUAUUUCUUUCCCUUUACCUCCUCCCACCCAAGUGAAUGGCUCCUGUUUUCAUCUAGGAGGUCCAUUUGCCUGGGUUUCCGGUGUCCACGUGUCACCUUUUAGCUCUAGAGUUGAUCAUCACGUUGGCCAUUUCUCAUUGCCGUUGGCGAAGAAUUUAUGGCGCUUGGUUGACCAUCUGCGAAAACACCCUCGUCGCUCAUGUAAAUCGCCGUAGAACACGCCUCUUCUUUUCUUAGGAAACAUAUAUUUCUAUCCAUCUUUCUAAAUGAAAAUGUAUAUUUGUAAUUUUGAAAUAAAGGAAACAGAUCACGUUUUUAAUGUUAUGUACUGUAAAUCUGUGAAGUCAGUGCCACUCAUAUACCUCUAAGAAACAGAAACCAAUCUUUGGGUAGUUUCUAUGUGAUCACUCCAUGUGUUCAGCUUUUAAAAACCUGUAUAAAAGAAGAAAAAAAAGAAAGAUAAAACAGUAAAAAAGAGUUUUGGUAAUCCUUUUUGCGUUUCUGGACUUAAGGACUAAUUUCUUUUCACCUCUGGUUUUUAUUAUUUUAGUCCGUCUCCGUCUCUUUAUUCAUUUUGUACUGAAGCCGCUGCAGUUCUGCGCGUUCUAUGGUGAUUAUUCCAGAGUUUAAAUCCAAGCGCCAGACAGAGUUUGGCAAGGAGAACGCUAGUAACUUAUUUGCCGCUUCCGGAUGACUCUUCCCUAGUUCGUUUUUUGUCAGUUGUUGUAUUGUAUAUAACUGCUGCUAUUUUAUAGCAGGGAAAUGUAGUCUGUAGCGUAUGGUGUUUUUAUACCAGCAUCUUUAAAAGGAAGCCCUUGCAGGUCUGCAGCGGCAUGCCCUAACUGUCAGAGACAAGACUUGUUCGUUCUUGUUAGAGAACAAAUUCAUGGUCCACGGGUAUGAGCUGCACCCAAAGAAGUAUAAGUGGCAGUUUUAUGCAGGAAAAGUACCAUCGCGUCGCUUGCAGGAAAAAUUGCAUAAAGAUGGGGCUCCACUAUCUCAGGGUAAGCAAGCCAGAAAUUUCAUGGAGGGGACUUCGGUUGCUGUGCUGAAGAUUCAUGUAACUUCUAAGCCCUGAAGGAUUGGAAUAACAUGUGCAUUUCGCGCGAUUCGGGUAUACGUGAGAAAGGAUCGCGCGUUUUCUUGGUUGACGAGUGAAAAAAUCAGUGCGACUUGCAACAUUUAUUUAUCGCAUCUGUGAGAUCCUGUUGCUCUCUUGGUCGGUCAGGGCUUUGCGACCGAAGUCCUCCUGCCUUCCCCCUACCUCACAGUCUUAGAGUAGGAAUUAAAGAUAGUCUCUUCUACUGUAGCGUUUUCUCCCAACACUCGUUUUUGAUGUGCACCUAGAGGGCCGCCUGCGGGCCGGCCGCAACCUCGUCAUCGCUAACCCGGGCCCUUUUGCAGCCGGUCCCGGGCCCGCCGCGUCGUCCUUCACUUCAUCGUCACUCAUCUUUUCAUCAUUGCAAGCAAUCGAAAUCAAAAAGCAGCUCAGGCAAUGUUAUGCACUCAGGUUGAAUGUGUAACAUAAAUUAGUGAGGCUUAGUGGUUAACUAUUUGAACAAAGGCACUAAGCAGUCUCGGCCAAGUUCACUAUCCCAAGCCCUAUUUCUGCGGAUUUGCUUUAAACGUAGUUGUGAUUAUUUAGGUAGCAUUCAAAAAUAACUAAAAAGUCGUUCAUGUCAGAAAAAGUGUGUUAAUUGUAAUGGAGUGUAAGAAUUAUUGCCAGUUAAUCUGCUAUAUCAUUCGGCUGGUUGCAAGCUCGGCCUAUUGGAAUAAUAGCAAACUCAGUGCUGAAAUUUUCGUACAAGUAUAUUGGGUUUAACUAACAUUCUACUUGAAUUUUUGGAUCUUCUUUUUAUGCAUGUAAAAUCAGCAAAAAUUUAAGAUUUUAAACCAAAUAAGACUUUUCUUAAAAGUUAUUCUUCAUCGAAUAACAUCGUUAUUGGUUUUUUAAAUAAAAGUAAUAUUGUAACGUGAUCCAAAUAUGGCUGUAAAUGGCUGUUUUGCAGCUGUCUUUGUUAAACCCAUUUAUGCUCUUACUUUAUGAACUAAAAGUAUAAUAACCAGCUGAGAUUUUUAGUUUACUGUAUCGUUUUAUUUCCCUGUUUACGGAACAUUCUGAGCUUAAGCGACAGAUUAAAGAUAUUCACUCUACCAACGAUAGUUCCUUGCAGUCCGCCCAGCAGGUCAAAAGUUCCUCAAGAUGCUUGUAUCAUACAAACCUCAGAUGUGUAAGAAAGGAAGAAUUCAGUUGAACCAAAGAGAACUACGAUCUCAAAAAAAAAUUAUUCAUUUAGUCAGUCAGUGCUGAUUUACAAACAACAACUGAUGCCUGAUAAUUAUGCAGAUUAAAACCGAAGAUUAAGGCAUAAUAAUCAUAGAAAUCAACAAUAAUAAUGAAGUCAUAUUUGUAGUGGAUAUGGAUACUGAACGCAGAAACAAAACACCUCUAUAAAUGUUGAGUUUUGCAAAAAUGUAAUCGUGUUUAUGAAAAGGUAUAGCUAAUUUCUUUUGUGGCUUGCUAUUAAACACUUAAUUUCUGCUAUUUUCGAAACUUUAAAGUAUAUGCGGAGACGAGAUUAAAAGAUUGCCUCUAAGCCAAAGGAAUUUGACGCAGCAUAACACGAAGAAAGACUGUUUCGAUUGUCAGUUACUUCCUCCUAGAACUUGUAGUGAGUUAAAUAAGUUGGUGGCAUAGUUUUGAGUAGAUAGUAGAAAGAUAAUUAAUUGUGAUUUUUUGGGAUGCCAUCGGUCUGCAUGAAACUUUUACUCGUUAUUUGGAUGUGGUUAUUUAAAAUAUUUUAUACUUUUUUUCAUAAAUAAUGCAAUUAUCCUAUGAAAAAUCCUGAUAAAUUUUAUUUUGUAUUUCUUUGUCGAAUUAUCUCAGGAUUUGCAAAAAAUUCAGUGGUCCACUAUAGUUCUUAAAGAAAGGUUCUCAAGUGCUCAAGAUAAUGAUGUUUUAUGAUUUUUGUUGCCAAGAUCUGUGAAAGAAAUAUCGCUCAAUAAUUUGGAAAUUUUUAUCUCAAUAAAUUCUUUAUCUUAAAAAAAUAAAUUAAAAAGAAAUUUAAAAAAAUAAAAUCGUUUUCUUAUAUUUUGAGAACAAAACUAUUGGCAACAUGUGUUUCACAGACUUCCAAUGACACUCGAUAAAUCACAGUAUAUCUUUCUGAAACAAUCUCCGAAUCAGUAACAUGUACGGCAAGAAGCUAAAAGUUAUUCUGAACGUUUUGAUCUCUGGUCCACCGUUCAAUUGAAUCCUUCCGGACGUGAACUACAAUUAGUGAGAAGGUUGCGGCCGACUCACCUCGAUUCUUCCACUUUUCCUCGUCUGUAGAAGAAAGGCGAUUUGCUCGAAGCCUUCCACUUGGUGCUUUUGGUGAAGGUUCCUAUUUGGUAGAAGCUCCCAGUCUGGAAAUAGCCUUGCUGCUUACCAGCUAUGGAAAUUAUUUUGGAGAUUCUGGUUUCGUGGUAUAGGCUUCAGACUAGGCCCUCCUACAAACAUGCGCUUUUUUGGGGUCUCAUCUUAUUAAGAUUUUAAACUAAGCUCUCGGAAACACUUCUGGCUCUUUUAUUUCUCUCUGCGUUAAGAGAGACAACUUCAGCUUAUAAAACUUCAGGGACUUUCUAUAUCUACUGUAAACUAGAUGCAUUUAUCGUCUUGCUUUUGCUGUCUUUCGGGAAGAUGAGAAGGUCAUGGAGAAAUUGUUAUAUUAUUCAUUUUUUUUAAAGCAGUGUAUUUUUUGUAGUAAUGGUUUCAACUUCGAAUAUUUUAAUAUUCUGAACAAAAACAUCCUAAUUUUAAAAGUUAAAAGAAUUAAAAAUAUAAGAAUUCUUUCGCCUAAAUUUAAAUUGGGGCAACGCGUGAGAAAUACAUAUUGAAAUUUAAGAAAAUAAAGCAAACUGUAAAAUAGAAUACCUGAAUUUCGAAACAAUAUCAUUUAAGUUAAGAGCUGAUAACACAAUAGCAGAAUACGGCUGUUUUUAAUAAUUUUUGAGAGAAAGCUUUCAUUAGCUAUACCGAAUAAAAUUAAAAUUAUUUGGCAGAAAAAGGAGAUGUGCCAAUUUUGAACUAUUCAGGAAAAAAAUACUUCGUAAAUCUACAUCAAUGCAUUAAUAAUUCGAUAGUAUCCAACUGCAUGGCAAAUGUAGAUUCAUUCUUAAUAUACUGGAUUUAAUUCAUCAAAAUUUUGCUUGUAAUCAGCAACAUUUUUUAUUACCAAGAUUGUCAUUUUUCUACCAUUUUUAUUUUCAAUUUUCCGUGAUCUUUUCAAUACAUUUUAUCGUUGUAUAAUGUGUGUAGAGUGGCCAGCUCUUCCGAUGAUAGGUGUCUCAAUCGGCUGCAUAAUUCAUCUUGACCAAUGGAUUUAACAGUAAAACGGAAUUGUGUGCUUUUUAUGACGAUUAUUGAUUCAAUCUGAACUUUGUAAAUCGAGACUAUAUUUGGUACAGAGGUUUGAUAAUUGUUGUCGAUUCUUCUUUUUGUAAAGGAAAUGACUUGUUAAUUUUUUUCAUGCAUUAUUAUAAUUAUUAUAGUAUUUAUCACGAGAAACGUCAUCGAAAUGGUGUAUAAUUGAAUUUGAAUAUUUCAUUGUGCAUUUAUGUUUUGCUUGUUGAAUGUGAAACUGCACUUUUGAUUUGCCUUGUCAUCCAAGAGCAAAUUGUUUGUAAAAGCUGUUUUAAUUAUUUCUUAUUUCCUGUUAGUUUAUAAGUCUAAACUAUUGUGUAAAAUACUGGUUAGAACUUCAUUUAAAGCGAGCACUCUGAGUUAAGAUGUUUGUUUUUUAUAUUAAUGUAAGCAAAUUGGUGUAUUUUGGAUCAUCACAAUAAUUCUUAUAAGGAGAUUUAAGAAUUGUGUGAUUUUUGAAAUGCAUUGAAUCAAAUUUAUUGAAUCAAAUUGAAUCAAAUGUGUGAAGUCAUUAAAUAUUCACCCACAAACUAAAUACGAAAUGUAUUAUUAUUCGCCACUUGAGUUAAUGUUUUUCUUAAAAAGUAAAUUUUGAAGACGGGUUUUAAAAAAAAUGUAAAAAAUGAGUUAGUAUUUUGUAAUUAUGAGAAAGCAAAUAAGUAAGCGAAGUGUUUCUUAAAAAGUAAAUUUUGAAGAUGGGUUUAAAAAAAAAUGUAAAAAAUGAGUUAGUAUUUUGUAAUUACGAGAAAGCAAAUAAGUAAACAGAGUGCUCGUUUUGUAAAAAAUGUAAAGCUAUUGUUUUUAUUUUCUUUCCUACAAGAUGGAAAUUGAUUUCUGAAUAGAUUAUUCAUGCUGUCUUAUGUGCUUAUUCAUGCUGUCUUUAUGUGCUGAAAAUGUUAAUUGUCAAUGUUACUUAUAUUCUGUCAUGUUAUAGGUAAAGUUUUAGGCCAGUGAAUGUAUAAAAUUUCAUUUAUCUGGCCCAGAAUAUAUAUAUACAGAUAUAUAUUUGCGACAAGUCUGAUUGCACUUUAGAAUUUUUUCAGACAUUAUAUUUUGCUUUUUACUGUAUUAUUGCAUUUGUUAAAUGACUGUAGGAGAAGAGAAGUUCCUCCCUUUGGUCAGGUUUAGUUUGAAAAUUAGUAAUCAGCUGUUUUAAAAAAUUAUAUUUGUUAAAAAUUGUGAUGUGUUGAAAAUUUAUAAGUUGGAUUAAACAAGGCAUCGUGCAAUACAUAAUUGUUUAUGUGUUUACCAAGUAUGUCAAAUUUAUAUGAAAUAUUUGUUAAAAAUGUUAAAUGGUUCUAUACCGUAUUUUUUUUUCUUUAUUCAUUAUCAAUUUUUAAUUAAUGAAGGAUCGUUUUUUGAGUUACCAAAUCAUGAACUUAUUUGCUCAAUUUAUGAUUUUAGCUAAUUAAUUGUUUUUCUAACCUAAAGUAAAAUAAUCCAAAGAUUUUUCUUUUUUGACCCACUCGAUAUUCAAAGAGCAUUUGUAGAGAGAGUUCUGUUUUGUAUUCUUUUAUCAAUGUGUCAGUUUGUACAUAUUUUAUAUUUUUAUUAAUCUACCUCGUUUUUUGAUUAUGAAUGAAUGAAUUAAUCCUAGAUGUGUGUAUUUUCUCCAACCUGACCAAAGGGAUUCUUCUCUCGUGCGUAUUAAAUCCAUUAUAAAGCCUGGGGCUAAUGCAGGGGCCCAAAACAAGCUACACCCUUACUGAAGUGCCAGGUUCCCCUGCAUUGCGCCCCGGCGUCUUAUUUCUCCCCUUGUCGCCGCCCCCUGCUGUGAACUCUGGUCCGAAACGUUGCUUAGAUGCAAACCCCUCUCAGCCCUGACCGGGGCGCACUUCAAACUCCAUAUAUUUUUCAUAUCAUGCAUUUAAAAAUGAGUAUCAAACUCCGUGUAUAGCAGACGAUAUUAACGCCAUAGACAUAUUGUGUUUCGUGUAUUUUUCUCCGUUUUGUGUCUGGCGUCUGGGAUGUGCCGAACCCGAGUCUUCUAUCCAGGCGAGGUUAAUGCGGGUAGGUGUGUAUAAUAUUUAAUACCUCCGUUUCCUGGGUUUUGGACAGAGGCCGCGAUCCCGGCGCCGUGCUAAACAUCAGGGACGUUUUUUCCAUUCCCAUUAAUAAUUCUAUUAACUAUAACCUCUAUGAUCACGAGUGAAUAUUUUGAGGACCGUUUCAUUGUCAAAGGUUUAUGCCAUAUAUUUAACAAGAAAAAAAAUAAUUUAAGAGCACAAAGUAAUGGUCGGUGGGUACGCUUUUACAAUGGUGUGCUUACACUCGCUACCUCAAAAUGAAAUGGGAAUAAUAUUCACUGAUAUCUAUACUGCUCCUGACCCUAGUCAGUCGCUGCCCUCGCUUCGUAUAAUUAUGGUGCUAGUUUGUUAAUUAUAUUUAAGUUCUUAUAGCUCUUUCUGUUUGUCCCUUCUUCGCCUUUCCCUUCCCAAAACGCCCAUUCUCAAUUGGGAUUUAUUAUUUUUGUGCACCGUUCUUUCGGUGAAUGCUUAUAAGCAGUGUAAUAAGUUACUUGUUUGAGAAGAUGUUUUUUAAAAGAAAUAUUUUGUUUGUUUUCCGAUGAAGAAGAAAGGUAUUCUAUCUAACUAUCUGCAUGUUAAAGCAGGCUCCUCAAAGCAAUAGAUCUCAGUUAGAUUGUUAAUUCAAAUUUUUUAUUAUAUUUUGGCGUUUUGAAAAGAUUAAUAAAAAAUGAUAAGGUAAACGAUUAUUGUGCAUGUUGCUAUUUUUUUCUUUAUCUUUAUUACAUAUAUGUGUGUUUUCUUUUUUUUUUUUUUUUUUUUUUUUUUUUUGGGUCCUUGAUUGUUUGUUACAAAGUUUACUUCAGAAAAUAAUAAUAAUAAAUGCUUAAGAGAACUGUGUUUUUGUUUUUCCCGUUGACUUUAUGUAACAAUGUUGUUUAUUCUAAAAAUGGGCAAAAAAAAAAAAAUCAAGAAUAUCAAAUGUUACUUGUAAUUAUGAAUUUACCAUAUUUUGCAAUUUGUGUUUUUGUAUCUUAUUAGUGUUAACAUAACCAGAUAUACCUCAUUUGUUUACGUUUGCCAUUUACUGUGUAAACUGAAAACUGACUUGUGUUUUUUGAAAUAGUGCGUAUUUUUUAUGAAAGGCAGAAUAGUUUUUACCCCUGUACAUAAGUUUUAUUGGUGAGGCACGGCUACUUUUGGACAUUUUGCCAUCGUUCCUCACUCUCUCACCCCAACCCCUUAAAUUUGGGGAAACGGGUCGCUAAGCGCACCCUUCCCCUCUUCUCAGCCCAUUCCGUUGUCAGAGUGUUGUGUUUUGGUUGGUUUCUGAUUUGUUAUUAGGGAGCAGGUCAGUAGGAGGGCAAUAAAUUGACACAGAUUCCUGUUCA